AUGGAAACCCUCGCUGCCUCGUCUUUGUCCUUCUCCCUGAAACCGAGUCACGCCGCGGCAGUCGGUGUUAAGAGCAUUUCAGGUCAGCGCAUCCAGCCACCUUCCGCCACGUCACUCAAGCUGCAUUCCGCAUCGCAACCGCUGCGAAUUCGCGCGACCGCUGCGUCAGACAGCAGCGCGCCGGUGGCAGCAGCGGCGGAGGUGCCGCGGGUGAAGCUGGGGAGGACGGACGUGGAGGUUCCGAUCAUCGGCGUGGGCGCGUGGGCGUGGGGCGACAAAUUCUUCUGGAACGACGGCGAGUGGAACGACCGCAAUGUGCGCGAUGCGAAGCAGGCGUUUGACGCGGCCAUGGACUCUGGGCUCAACUUCAUUGACACUGCGGAGGUCUACGGCACCAAACAGUUUGGAGCAGACGACUCAGAGUCACUGCUUGGCAGGUUCAUCAAGGAACGAGCCAGCAAGAGCCAGGCAGGGGACCUCACUCCCAUAGUAGCAACAAAGUUUGCCGCCUUGCCAUGGCGUUUUGGGCGGGAAUCUGUGGUUGGGGCUGUGAAGGAGUCUCUGAGGCGCCUGCAGCUUGACUGCGUUGACCUGUACCAGCUGCACUGGCCUGGUGUGUGGGGCAACGAAGGGUACAUCGACGGCUUGGCAGACUGUGUGGAGCAAGGGCUGGUGAAGGCAGUGGGGGUUUCCAACUACAAGUUGGAUCGCCUGCAGCAGGCACACCAGCAGCUGGCCAAGCGAGGGGUUCCUCUCGCCUCCAACCAGGUGCAUUACAACAUCCUGUAUCGCGUGCCUGAGAGCAAUGGCGUGAAGCAGGCGUGUGAGGACCUGGGCGUUACACUCAUCGCCUACAGCCCUCUCUCCCAAGGUGUCCUCAGUGGCAAGUACUCUCCCCAGAAGCCCCCCACGGGGCCGCGUGCCAACUCCUACUCGCCAGACUUCAUUCGCAAGGCCCAGCCUCUGCUAGAGCGCAUGACAGAGCUUGGGGAGAAGUACGGCGGGCGAACGAAGACACAGGUGGCUCUUAACUGGCUCGUGGUGCAAGGGAACAUUGUUCCGAUCCCAGGAGCCAAGAACAGAGCACAGGCCGCGGAGUUUGCAGGGGCUUUGGGGUGGUCACUAACUCCCGAGGAGGUGCAGGAGUUGAGGGAGCUGGCAUCACGUGUACCACAAGCACAGGGUUUUCCUGCUGAAGCGUUUUAA